AUGGCACAUUAUAAUAAAAAAGUUUUAACAGUACCACAAAAUUUAAAAAUUUAUUUUUUAAUAAAUGGUACACAACACGAAAUUAAAACACCAUCACCAUUAGUAGCAAUUAAAUAUUCAAUAUUAUUACAAACUGAAGUAGAUUUAGCAAUCACCAAUAAUCCAAAUACAAGUGUUGUUAUUAUUUCACCACCAAAAGAUAUUGAAGCAACCUUUGAAGAUUUCGAACUUGUAUUGCAGUUUAUAAAUUCUCUUCACCAAUUUUGUAAAUUCCAAGAAUAUCAAUAUAACAAAUAUAAUGAAUCACAACAACAACAAGAUCCCAAUAAAAAUAAUAACAACAACAAUAAUAAAAAAGAAUCACCAUUUUUAAAAAUAUCUUUUACAAAUGAAAACAAUAAUUGGUAUGGAAGUUUUAAAUUAUCAAAGGUUAAUAAAAAAUUAUUGUUUAUGGGAAGAGAUCCACCACAACCUGGUUUACAGAAUAGUGUUCAUACAAAGUCAUACUUAUCACUAGAAGGUAAUGGUCCAAAGCUAAUUAAAAUGGUAUUAUUGGCAAAAUAUUUUGAUAUAAUAGAUAAUUAUUUAAUCAAGGCUUACAGAAAAAGUUUGGAGAGCAAUUUGGAGAAAUUCUGCUCACCAGAGCAAGCUCAAAGAUAUUUUGGUGAUUAUGGAGAGGAGUUUAUUCAAUCUGAAAAAGAGAUUAUUGCUAAAGAGAAUGCAUUUUCAAAUCAUAACCCAUAUAUAGUUUCAACCAAAAAUUAUUUAUACAAUUCAAUGGUUGACAAGUCAUAUUAUAAUUUCCAACUAGAAGAAAAACAACCAACUUCACCAAGCAAUCCAAAAGAUCAAUAUCCCCCUGAUAUUGUUCAAUUAUUGGAUCCAAGAAAACCAACUUUACCAUUACACAAAUCAGCAACUUGUUAUGGAUGUAGUAAUAAAAUGGGUGUUUUAAAUAGACACCAUUGCAGAGAAUGCGGUAUGAUAUUUUGUAAUUCAUGUGCCGGAAAUUUCGUAGAAACAAGUGACCUUUCAAAACAAAUCUAUUACGGUAUGAACGAUUAUAUCUAUGGUUUUGUUUCAAAUAAAACUUCAAGAGUUUGCAAUUCAUGUUAUCAUAAAAUUCAUGGUGUACAGCGACACAACAAUGGUGUCUUUAUGUUAAAGUUAUUGGGUUUAAAAUUUUUACUUUUAAGAAGAUUCGCCAGUGUUUAUCCACAAUGGAGAAGAGCAUCCAUCAUCUAUUUAUCAGAAAUUAGAAUGAUUCAAUACAAAUUCCCAACUCAUAAACUUUUGCCAUUCGAAAAAUUGGCACUUUGGAGAAAUAGAACAGAUUUUAAAUGUCAUUCACUGUGGUUACUCAAAUUACUUUGCUCAAUUGACUAUAGUACAAUAACAACAAAACAAUUAAAGAGCUUAGAUGAAUGUCUUUGUGAAAAUAUUGAUGAUAAAAAGAAUUGUUACUUUUUAAUGUGUUCAAGUUCAUGUCAAAAUUCAAUUUCACCAUUAAAUAUUUUACCAUUGCUAGAUAAAAAUGUUACCCAUCCAUUUAUUAGAAACUAUGCAACAAGAAAAUUAAAUGGUUUAAAGGAAAAUCUCUUAUAUGUUUUACCACAAUUAACUUUUUUACUAAGAUAUGAACCAAACGUUAAAUCAGAUUUACAAGAAUUUUUAUUUACUAGAGCUAAAGAGAACCCAACUAUUGCUUACAACCUUUUAUGGGAGUUAAAGAAUUGCCAAGGUGGUGUUCACGAUUUACGUUAUGAAGAAUUAAAAUCAGAGUUAAUUAAAUUCUUUUCAAUCAAUUCACCAGAGUUAUUAAAGUCAAUUCAAAUUUCAUUCGAAUUGUCAUAUAUAUUACAACAGCACAGACCAAUAAUCAGGGAUGGAAGAAAUGAACCAGACAUCAAUUUCUUAAAUGCAAAAUUAAGUAAUAUAUGCAAGGGAAAUUUAUUAAAGUUACCAACAAAUCCAAAUUAUACAAUUAUUGAAUUUUUAGUUGGUAAAUCUUUAGUCUUUAAUAGUGCCACCAAGCCAUUAUAUUUAGUAUGCAGAUGUAUCAAUGAUAUUACUGGCGGUGAGGAAGAAAGAGGUUUAAUCUUUAAGAAAGAUGAUUUAAGAAAAGAUCAAAUCAUUCUCAAUUUAAUUUAUUUAAUGGAUGAUUUUAUUGUACAAUAUAACAACCGCGUUAAAGAAAAACAAGAAAAGUUUUUAGCUACAAACCCAUGUAAAUCUUCUAUCGAUUCAAGGAAAAAGAGAGAGCCAUUCAUGAGACCAGUAGUUUACCGUGUUAUUCCAACUGGUGUUCAUUAUGGUUUCAUCGAGCCAGUUAAAGGAUCAAAGACUCUUAAAGAAAUCCAAAGCAAACAUCCAAAGAUUAGCAAUUUCUUAUUCGAUACUGGUUCUUACGAUAUAAACUUUUCCAAUUUCUCUCGUUCAUUGGCCACUUGGAAUAUCAUUACCCAUCUUUUGGGUGUUGGUGAUAGACAUAAUGAAAAUGUAAUGUUUACCGAAGAUUGUCAAAUAUUCCAUAUCGACUAUGGUUUCAUUUUAGGUAUGGACCCAAAGCUUUUCAAUGUAGUAAGAAAUGAUAGAAGUUUUGAAGAACAGUUCUUAGAAAACGAAAAGAAGAAGAGUGAUUUUUAUGACUUAAAUGUCCGUUUGUUCCUUGAAUUAAGAAAGCACCAUGCAUUCUUUUUAUAUCAAAUUUUGUUUUUAACUAGAUUGGAGCCAAAAGUAGAGGGCCUUAUAGAUGAGCAAUAUAUAGAAGAUGUAGUUGGCCAUCGUUUCCUUCCUGGUGUACCAAAGAAAGAAGCUUCAGAACACCUAAACUAUAUUUUAAAGUCAGCUAUUUAUUCAUUUGCUUUCUCUUUCUUUGACAGUAUUAGAAGCUAUAAAGAUAAAUUAUUAAAUAUUCAAGAAACCACCAAAUCUGUUAAAGAUAUGAGUGUUAGUUUCCUCGGUAGACUAUAUAACUCGUAUUCUAGUGCAUCAUCAUCAAGUGUCACAUCAAUUCGUCAACAAGAAGCCCAAGGCACAAAACCAUUUAUUGUUAAAGAGUAUAGUACUUCUGGUAGUGUUCAUAAUCAUUCCGAUGAUUACCCAGUAAUUAGCAGCAGCACGGAUUAUGAAUCAUUAUAUAAUCAAGGUACUUUUGAAAAUGAUCAUAGUUUAGUUAAUAGUAAUCAUAGCAAUAAUCAAGACAAUAACCAAUUUGAUAAUAAUAAUGAUAAUAAUAAUAAUAAUAAUAAUAAUAAUAAUUAUAAUAAUUAUAAUAAUAAUUAUAAUAAUAAUAAAGAUAAUAAUAAUGAUGAUGGUAGUAAUAAUAAUAGUGUCGAAGCUUAUGUAGCAAGUGCAAUUAUUGAACAACCUCAACUCUCAAGUUCAUUCCCAAUAAUCAGUCAAGAUAGUGAAUCCAAUCAAACAUUGGUAGUAACAAGAGUCGAUAAUGAAUUUGAGGAUUACAAUUAUAUUUAA